CAUGGAGGCAGCGCUGAUGCUGUUGCUGAUGCUGUUGCCCAGCGCCUGUAUCCGUGCAGCCAGACUGGGGUAACCGUAGCCACCGGUCCACCAUCAUCAUCAUCAUCAUCAGCAGCAGCAGCAGCAGAGAAGACAGGGACAGAAAGGGGAGUGAGAAGGAUAGUCAGCAUCCCUGGGGAGAAACAUACGCAGCGAGAAGAUGACUCUGGCAGCCUACAAAGAGAAGGUCAAAGAGCUCCCCCUGGUGUCUCUGUUCUGCGCCUGCCUGAACCCACAGACUGUAGAAAAGACUACAUACAAGGCAGAAGAUGCAGUGGACCUGGGCUGGUGCGUCAUCAAAGAUGUGGAGGUGAUCGAACUGAACAAGCGGACAUCGGGCCAGGCCUUCGAAGUCAUCCUCAAGCCCCCGUCCUUUGACGGCCUGCCAGAGCUCAACACCUCCAUGCCGCAGCGCCGUGACCCGUCCCUGGAGGAGAUCCAGAAGAAACUGGAGGCUGCCGAGGAGAGGCGAAAGUGCCAGGAGGCCGAGCUGCUCAAGCACCUGGCGGAGAAGAGGGAGCACGAGCGCGGGGUGAUCCAGAAGGCCUUCGAGGAGAACAACAACUUCAUCAAGAACGCAAAGGAGAAGCUGGCGCAGAAGAUGGAGGCCAACAAGGAGAACAGGGAGGCCCUGCUGGCCGCCAUGCUGGAGAGGCUGCAGGAGAAGGACAAACACGCGGAAGAAGUGAGGAAGAACAAGGAGAUGAAGGAGGAGGCCUGCCGGUAGAUGAGUGGACCAAUGGAGACGCAGAGAGAGAGGGGGGGAGAGAGAGAGAGGGGAAACUGGGCGCUUUUUGAGUCGAUAAAAAAGAAGAAAAAAAAAGGAGGAAAUCAAGACAGUGCAGGAAAAAAGAAAAAACUCGAACAAAGGGAAAAGACAGGUUUUCAUAUUUGAUGUGUGCUGUAACGAUUCCGAGCAAGCUGUACAAAGUUUAGCCAAUAAUUGAUGUUGAAAUUCACAAAGAAGUCGUUUAGCUUUUUUUCUAAAGGAAAGGGGGCGGGGGGGGGGGGGGGGGGGGUGCAUCAAAACAACCAUAAUCACGUAUUUCACACAUUCAAAGAAGGGGCUGUUUGGUCAGGAAUGAAGGCUGCGUGAAUGGAGGAGGAGGCUAAACAAUUCUGGGGUUUCCUCGGUGAAAAGGUAGUUAAAAUGAUAUUUUGCCUUCAUUGUCAACUGAGCUGGGUUUCCUGGCAAUGUCUUACAUGAGAAAUGAUCACUGGACGCUUCCAGUUUGGCUGCGACGCCACAAAACCAGACUAGGCUCUUUACAGUUAGACGGUAACUAGGAGGAGGGGGUUGUGAUUUGUGAAUUGUUGUGAGAAACAGCAGUUGAACUGGACUCACAGUUGUAGUUUAAGUACGGUCGGUCGAAACCAAGAGGCUCCUUCAGGCUUUGAUUUACAAACCUACCACUCAAUUCACGUGAACAGGACAAAACACACACACACACUUCUGAUGAUUCUGAAUUAGAAAUAAAAACUGAUUUCCCUAGUUUCCCGCUCUCAUGCUAAUUCUUUGCCAGAAUAAAAAGAAAUUUGGGGGGGGGGGGGGGGGCGGCGUCUGCAUGCGCCAAACUCAGUGAAUCUCACGAAAAUGGCUCAUGAAUAUAAAAUGAAGGAUCUGGCUUCCGUUUCUGUCGACAGUGCUCCGUCUAGGGGGAAUAGAAUAAAUACAUUUUUGGAAAAAAAAAAAAAAAAAAAGGCUUGAAGAGCUCUGCUGUAUUUUGCCAUUUUCAGACUUUGUAAAGGUUUAGGUGUAACUGUAGAUCAUGUAGUAACAUGCAUUGGACUCUCGUAGAUUUAGGGCACUGAUUGCACUCUUAUUUCAUUAAGCACAACUCCAAAGCACACGUGCGUUCAAGAAGGACAGUGUGGCAACAACAACAACAACAACAACAACAACAUCACGGGGAGGCAAGGUACAGUGGUUAAAGACUGGAACAAAUUUGCUUUGAAAGUAGGAUUGUUUUUAAGGGGGUUUUUCUGGCUAACCAGUAGUCUCCGUCUGCUCUGGCAUGUGUCACUGUGCUUGUGUGGUUGUCUAUGAUUUUUCAUGGGGAUGUAAAAACUGAACGGUGAACGGAAAGAGGAAAUUUGCCCGAGAUGUUGAGUCAUACUGACUUGAUCGGAGUGUCGAAGUGUUUGCACUGUAACGGGGGACUCGUGGGGGUUUGUACUUGCUGUAACUGUGUGUUGCUUUCGAGGCUGGAUUGAGUGUAUCUAUUUGGCAUGGUCAGUAAAAAAAAAAAAAGCUUGACUGAA